AUGUCAGAGAUUCCUAUUCAUAUCCGACACUGCAUUUUGUAUGAGUUCCAAUUAGGGAACAAUGCAAGUGCUGCUGCCCGCAAUAUAUGUGCUGCACUUGGUGAAGGUGCUGUUGCUGAUCGAACGUGUCGUGAUUGGUUUAAAAUAUUUCGUGAAGGUGAUAUGUCAUUAGAAGAUCGUCCGAGAUCUGGACGUCCUAUCGAAUCUGAAAUUGAACGAUUAAAAGUCCUGAUCGAAGACAAUCCAUGA